AUGCCGGCGUGCUCAGCCCUCUGCUCCAAGUUCUGGCGGGGCCCGCUGUUCCAAACUCCGGCUGGGGCCACCAGAGGCUCUCGAGCCCUCGCCUUGCUCAGGCUGAGGCUGCUGAAGGACCGCAGCAUGACCGCGCCUAUGGUGGUGAAGGAGUUCGUCAAGCGCCGGGUUGCUCCGCUCCGGCGCCACUCUCGCCCAAUGUGGGCUUUGCUCAACAGUCAGGACCACAUGAGGUUCCAGGAGUCUGGGCUCCCUCUCGGGAUGCGGCAGACAGUGCUCAAGGUCUUGACGAGUGUCCCUUUGCCGGCUGAAAUGCCUGGGAAGAAUUGCCUGCUGUAUCGCUGCAAGAACAAGGAUGAGUUUGCAGCGAGCAUGCCUUCCUUUGACGAAUGGGGGCUGCGGCCGAUUGAUCUGGUGGGGCCCCGCGAGAACCCCGUCGUUGUGGUUCCCUUCCUUGCCGCCGGUGCCGAGCUCACCCCAAGUGGGGGUGCAGGAGGGCGAGCUCCGACGGAGGCUGGUGGCCCAAGUGCUAUGGAGCACAUGCUGAGUGGUGAUCCUGGGGCGUCAUCCUCGGGAGCUUGCGACCCCCUUCUUGAAAGGCCGGUCGCUGAGGAGAUGCGGCAUGCGGCUCCCGAGGCUAAGGCCCCGGAAGCCUCAGGAGUUGGUGGUGAGGCGGUGCCCGGCUUGGCUGCUGCCCCUCACCAACCGCGCCGCGUCCGGCUUCGCCUGCGCCUGGCUGCCGAGUCGCCGUGCCGGGCUCUCUCCGGCUCCGCGUCCCGCGCCGGCCGGGUCGCCGCUGCCGCCUCAUGCGCGCCGGCCCCGCUCGCCGGCUUCGCGGCCCGCGCCCGCCGGCUUGCCGCUACCGCCUCCCGCAUAUCGUCUCCGCGUCGGGCCUCCCAAGCCGCCUGCUCGCCGAUUCCCGGCCGGCCUCCGCGCGACGCCGUCUCCGCGCACUCGGCCGCUGCUGUGGCCGGCUCCCACUCGCCCCGCGCCGACUCCCGCCCCCACCCGUCCGGCGUCACAGCCGCCGGCUCUGCGCGACUCGGCACCGUCCGGCGUCCCGCUCGUCGCUUCAGCUUUGCCCGGAGGCCUCCCGCGCUGGCUGGCUCGCGCCCGCACCCCGGCCGCCCCCGCGCUCCUUUGCCUCGCUCCGGCGGCGCCCCCGCUCCGCUGCCGGCCACCCGAGCCUGGCCGGGUCCAACCCCGCGCCUCUGCUCGCCUCCGCGGCCUACUCCCCUGCGCGCCGGGUCGCCGCGGUCGCCUCCCUCCCCGCGGGACCGCCAGCCGGCUCCGCGCCUCCGCGGCCGACUCCCCUACGCGCCGGGUCGCCGCGGCCCCUCCGCCCCGGUGUCCCCCGCCUGCGCCACUCCCGCGCCGGUCCGCUGA